AUGGUCCAAAAUCGCCGCCCAGAUACCGACGCCCUUUACGAUCAACAUUGCAAUCAACUCGUUCCCAAAUCGCCUCUAGACACCGAUCCCUCCUCCUUCGCCGCCGCUAUUCCCAAUCUCCAGUUCAGGAACAGUUACUUCUCUGGAGGCGACAAGAUCGCCGGUCAAACCCCAGGUUCGCCCUCUAUUUCUCCUAGAUAUCUCUUUCUUUAUACUUCCUCUGUCCGUAAAACCGUCUCCCCUGGCGUCGUUAAACUCCAAGCCAGAUUGGUUCUUCGAGGCUCCACCUCGUAUCUUGAUUCCGUCGAUUCCAAGCACCGUCGAUUGCGAUUGGUUCGGUAUCGCGGACCGAAGACUCAGCCCUGGAAGCGGAGAAUCGGAUUUUCCCUCCAGGGAUUUUGGUCCCAAUCAUCUGGGAAGAUAUGUAUGGUUGGAUCAGGUACGGGUUUCAUGAAUUCAGGCGUUCUACAGUAUGAGAAUGUUGUUCUUAAGCUGAAUUUUCCUACGAAUUUAACCAUUUUACAUAGUUUGAUUACUGGAACUUUGGAAAGUUUGAAUGAUAAAAGUGAUCCGGAAUUUUUCGAGCCUGUUUCAAUCUUGAGUUUAGCCAGGACUACGGAUUAUAAGUAUACAUUCAUAGAUAACGGACCUGAGAGUGGUUGCUUGAGUGGAAGUGAUAGAGAUCUGAAUAUAUCUCAAAAUGUAUGUUCUGUAAUUGGUAUGCUUUCUGAUACGUUUGAAUUGGAGUAUGAGAGUGACUGUCAUGAUAUGAACUGCAAUCCUCUUGGCAACAAUGCCGAAUCCUUGCCUGUUUCAGUGAAUUAUGAAGGAAUUGAGUGCACACAUGAAGGGAAAAUGCGAAUGUUAUUGCACUUUGUUAACUCAAGCUAUCAUGUUAAUAAAUAUUCCUUUGUACCUAGUAACACCUUGAUUGCUGAAGGAAUUUGGGAUCAGAAGGAAAAUCGGCUUUGUGCUGUUGCCUGCCGAAUCCUGAACUAUACUCAAUCGUUAACGAAUGCUUCGGUUGGAGAUUGCUCGAUAAGGUUUAGUUUGAUAUUCCCUGUUGUUUUUUCUAUUAGAAACCGAAGUACUGUUGUGGGUCAAAUUUGGAGCACCAAGUCUGCCAAUGAGUUGGGUUACUUUCCGAAAAUUGGGUUUCGUGGUUACAAUGAAAUGUUGGUGGUAGAUCAUUCUCGAGUCACGUAUGAUUAUACAGAGAUUGGACGACAAAGUUCUUGUCCCCGAAGUACGGAACCUUAUGGUAAGGGAAAGACAUUUCCUGAUGAGAAUUCAUCAGACAUGAGAUUCUAUAUGUCCUUAAAGAAUAGGAAAGGGCAGAUUGCAAGGGGUUAUGCAACGCCAUUCUUUUACGGUCAGCAUUUGUAUCAGUAUGGUGUAUAUCAAGGGUGGUCGGGUAACUUUUCUCUGUCGGGCCAACGAGUCUCUUCAGUUCCAGUGCCCAACGAUCGACAUAGCUCGAUGAACAUUAGUUAUAGGAUAAGUUUCAGUGCUAUUUAUGAUUUCAAGUUAGCUGGAGAAAACCUUUCAUCAAAAAAUGUGGAGAUUUCUGCUGAAGGAAGUUAUGAUAAGAAUACUGGCUCUUUGUGUAUGACAGGAUGCUGGCAACGAGAGUCGAUGAAAAAUCGUACACUCGACUGUGAAAUUGUCGUCAACGUCCAAUUUCCACCAUUGAAAGCAAGUGGGAUGGAUCAAAUUAAGGGAACCAUUGAAAGCAAGAGGCCAAAGUCAGAUCCUUUUUAUUUUGAUAAUCUGGAGUUGACUUCAGUUUCGAUUUCUGGUAACCAAGCUCAAGAAUCCAUAUGGAGAAUGGACCUUGAAAUCACCAUGGUUUUGGUUUCCAAUACACUUGCAUGUCUUUUUCUUGUCUUGCAACUCUUUUACAUAAACAAACAUCCCGAGGUGCUUCCUUUCGUUUCUGUUUUGAUGGUGGUGAUUAUGUGUUUGGGACACAUGAUUCCGCUUCUAUUGAACUUUGAAGCUAUGUUUGCAUCAAGACGUACUCAGCAGAGCGUGUUUCUUGGCAGUGGGGGAUGGCUUGAAGUGAAUGAAGUGAUCAUUCGAGUCGUAACAAUGGUCGCUUUCCUUUUGCAGCUGCGUCUUCUCCAGCUCACUUGGUCAUCAAGGCAGGGCAAUACAAGUGAGAAGGGCUUGUGGGAUUCUGAGAAGAAAGUUACUUCUCUGACUCUACCAUUGUAUGCAGUAGGCAUUUUGAUCGCUUGGCUCGUUUAUAAGUGGAAAAGUUCUUACAAGAGCUCAUACGUGCCAUUUCUCCAACCGAACCACAAAGGUUACCAGUUUUAUACUACUCGACAGCUCUCGUACCGACAAAACUCUUUCUGGGAGGUUCUCAAAUCCUUUGCAGGUUUAGUCUUGGACGGUUUUCUGGUACCGCAGAUCCUAUUCAACUUGAUAUUCGAUUCUAAAGAAAGGGCUCUAUCCUUCUCCUUCUAUUUGGGAACCACAUUUGUACGUCUACUACCUCAUGCUUAUGACCUUUACAGGGCUCAUCAUUCAAGCUGGUACCUUGACUUAUCAUACAUAUAUGCAAACCACAGACUAGACUUCUAUUCCACUGCCUGGGACAUCAUCAUCCCUUGCAGUGGUCUUCUGUUAGCUCUUAUCUUAUUCUUGCAGCAACGGUUCGGGGGUCGAUGCAUACUUCCCAGAGCUUUUCAUAAACAAGGUCCUACAUAUGAUCAAGUGCCAACCAUCAGCAACGAGGAACUGUAA